AUGGUGCACCUGGACAGCAGGAAGGUCUGCCACGCCUGGCCGCGCACGUUGAGGUUCGUGGCCAACGGCAGCGAGGUGUUCGCCGUGCGCCCGCCGGAGGAGGGCCACAAGCGGCGGGACGUGCCGGUGGGCGUGUCCGCGGGGCUCCGGCCGGGCCCCAACAGCAUCAGCGUGCGGGUGCAGGACGACCCCGCGGGCGACUUCGUGCUGGCCCUGGCGGUCACUCGGCAGGUGGGCGUGCCGGAGCUGCGGCGGCGGGUGGCCCCCAGCGACCCCGAGGAGUCGCGGCGGCGUGCGCUGGAGAGCUGCUGGCCGCCGGGCGGGGCGGCGGGGCCUCGGGCGGUGAGUGCCUCACGAGCGACGCGCUGCGGCUGA